AUGAAUGUUAUGGAAUUUCUAUACUACCCUCGAAACAUCAAACAUAACAUUUCUUCCUUUGCAAUGGCCAUCACUGAGCUUAUUUUUCCAAGCGUCAAAACAGACUCAGCUUCACUCAAGGAGCUUGAAAGAGACUGGCCAAGCUUGAGCAAAGGAUUGACUGAUCCUAAUCCCGGCCUGCUCUGCGCAUUCCGUGGAUGGAUUCUGACAGAAGAUGGGCUGGAUGUAAGGGAGGCCUAUAGAGAGUUCCUUCUUUUUGAGUGGACCUCAGCCGACUCUUUCCAUGCCUUCAUCGGCUCGCAACAAUUUGCUGCUUUUGCUAGCUCAAUCAGGCAUUUGGUGACUGGGCCACCCACCUUGCAACUGUUUGAAACAAAGGUCUCCCCAAGAGAUGCAGCUUCGGCGCCUAUGGUUGAAAUCAUUCGGGUGACGGUCUCCAAUUCUGAGAAUAUCGAGAAAGGCCUUCAAAUAUGGGAGAACACAUCCCGUCAUCUAGCCCGCAAUGGAGAGGGCACGACUUCUGUCACCUAUGGCAAGAGCUCGAACCUUGAAAAGGAUGUCAUUAUGGGUAUAAUAGGAUGGCAAACCUCGAAGGAACACCAUGACAUGUCCCAAAAGAAGAUUUGGUCAGAGACGUUGGAGUCUCUCAAGUCGCUGGGGAAAUUGUCACAGAUGACUGUUGGCAUUGAGGCAAUGGACCUGGGUAGUUCGUAA